GCCCGCUAACAAGAAGUACGUCAUUGUUGACGUCCUCAGCAAAAAACAACUGAUGAUAGCAUUCAAGGAGUGGAUAGUAGGCAAGGAACUUUGCGCUUUUCCGAACGAGCUGGUCGAUAUACACCUUCAGAAGUGCGACCAACCGAAUGAAAAUUGGUCACUUAUGAAAUGUAAAGUUAUUCACGAAUUAGGUAAGUUACAUACACAGAAAGUAUAAUUCACUAUAGAUUCUCUGCAGUCUGCUAAUGAUCUGUUACUUCCCAUACAAAUACUGCAAUCUCACCGGGAAAACACUUCAACGGAUGAAAACACUCUGCCACAUAACACUGAGAAGCACAAGAGAGCUGCCAUGAAGCGUAAACAAGAAUAUCUUUACAAUUCAGUAGACAUGGUUGUUGCUGAAAUGCAGGCUGGCAAUAGUCAUGUUCAAUACUCCAAAUUCAGGUUGUUUGACAAAUUAGUUUCGCCUAUUGCUAAUUCGACGCAAUUAGAGACAUUCCCGUCUACAUCGGCAUCAAAGCGUGUCCAUGGUGCUUCAGCAGACCAGUUAGAUAGGUUGCAUGCAAUGGUGCAAAACAUUUCGUCAACCAUGAAUGACUUCAAUCAAACGUUGCAGAAUAUGUCAACAGCCAUUUCGGAUUUGAGUAUUAAUGUAAAGCAAUUGCUUUCAAAGUCUAAUGAGCGCGAAAGACCGCAUCAAUUUGAUUGCGGACUGUUGAGUCAGCAGUUCCCUUUGUCAUCUGAAGAGGAACUACAGAUGCUGGAUACUGGUUUGUCGCAGAAAGAAACCAGGGACAGAUUUAUGGCAAUGGUCACUAGGUUAUCAAGUGACGAUCCAAAAACGUCGAUGCGUUUUGUUCUGUCGCAUCUGUUGACACCGGAGGUUGCCAGUGAAUUCACGUUACUUGGCACCUCUUCAAAACGAGCACUACAGAAAUGCACGUUUUACGGCUGCAUACGAAGUAACCUAUAUCUAUUACUUAAACUUCAGGUGCCUUAACUCAUCGCUUUCUGUCAUCCUCUGUCAACGAAAAAGACCUUGGUAAGCUCUAUGACAUCGCGACACAAGGUUACUUUCACGAUAUCCGAGACAUGAUGAUAAAGCGUAAUAGAAGAAAACAAGACCAGUUACAGUCAACAAUACUAACGAACGUAACCGUAAGUUCAGCUUCAAGUAUUUGGCUGUGCCAAAGCAUGUCAUUGAGAUAUGGUUGUGACUUUUUUUUAAAAAUCAGAAUUCACAGGACGACUACCUCAAUUCUCAAUAGCCGAACGAACGUGGCCUAAGGGAAUAGUCCGUGCAAUUGUUUUGAUGUUUUACCUAGAUUUCAAUAAACGUUAUUUUUUCAAACAGCUUACUCUUUUACUUACAUGGGAAACUGUUGAAGUGUUGAGAAUGUGUGUUUGAGUGUCAGUUAACUUUUGGUUAAAUGCACAUUCCUUAUAAAUAAAACAUCACCUGUUCCUUCUUUUGCAGAUAAUUUCAAAUAAAAAUGAAUUAGCAAUUGCAUUGGAUAUGCAAAACAAUCGAUGCUUAAGCUUCGGCUCUAGUGUUGUACAAUAAUACG